GCAGCACUCUCCCAAUAGCUGGACUGACUCUAGAGGAUAGUGCUUUCUGAGCGCAAUGUCGAGACAUGACGAAUGGAUGUACAGGCUAAGUGAUCGUUCGAGAUGUGAUUGGGAAUUAUAAAUAAACGGUAUGCGCGGCGCGAACCAUGUGCCCGGCAUAAACCCGCUCAUCGGCACGGCAUAUAACCGCCGAAUAACCGCUUGACCCCACCGGCCCAUCAGGCCGAGGUAGGUAACUAUUAAAUUGAAGUAUCCAUUGAAGGGCUGAGUUAAAACAUAGAUUUUGUCCGUCGACAUAAUCCUGUCUAGAUAAUUCUCAUUAAUCUAUCCCAGAAUGGGUCCCAUGCGACCGCUAUCUCAGGCGGUGGGUCUUCGGCUACCAGGCGCUCGCAGCGUUUCAACCCAGGCCUCACCAAAGGGACCCCUCUCUGGCAUCACUGUGGUCAGCCUUGAACAGGCUAUUGCAGCUCCAUUCUGUACGCGUCAACUGGCGGAUCUGGGGGCUCGCGUUAUCAAAAUCGAGCGGCCUGGCGUUGGAGACUUUGCACGUAAUUACGACACUCGGGUCAACGGUCUUGCAUCGCAUUUCGUCUGGACAAAUCGGUCGAAGGAAAGUCUCGCACUAGACCUCAAGAAGCCGCGCGAUCAUGGGGUCCUAAUGCGCCUGCUCGGUAAAGCAGACGUCCUAGUUCAGAACUUGGCUCCCGGAGCCAGUGCACGACUAGGACUGUCGCAUGAAGAGCUUAAGAUAAAGCACCCCUCACUGAUUGUGUGCAAUAUCUCUGGGUACGGACCAGAUGGCCCCUAUCGUGAUAAGAAGGCCUAUGACUUGCUUAUCCAGAGCGAGGCAGGCAUGCUCUCUGUUACAGGGACCGCUCAAGAGCCCGCUAAAGUAGGCAUUUCCAUCGCGGACAUUUCUGCUGGAAGCUACGCGUACUCUAACAUAUUGGCGGCUAUCAUUCAAAGGGGAAAUGACCCCGAAAAACGUGGGUGUAAUAUCGAUAUCUCCAUGUUGGAGAGCAUGGUCGAAUGGAUGAGUUUUCCGCUGUACUAUACCUACCAGAACGCACCAAGACCGACCCCCACAGGAGCCACACACGCUGCAGUCUACCCCUAUGGGCCGUUUGAAACAGGGGAUGGAAAAUCGGUCAUGCUUGGAAUUCAGAAUGAACGGGAAUGGGUCAAUUUCUGUGAGAAGGUUUUGUCUCUGCCUGACUUGGCGGCGGAUGAACGGUUUGUCAACAACUCCCUUCGAUCGCAGAACCGUGAUGCACUUAAGGAAAUUAUUUGCGAGGCGUUCUCGUCUUUAACAGCGGAGAAAGUGGUUACCCUCUUGGAUGAGGCCGCUAUUGCCAAUGGUAAUGUCAACGACAUGCAGGGUGUUUGGGAACAUCCACAGCUGAAAGCGCGUGGUCGGUGGACUGAGGUUUCCACCCCGGCUGGGACGGUUCCAGCCUUGCUGCCACCGGGAUUAACGCAAGGCGAUCCUGGUCGAUUCUCGGCCAGAAUGGACGCAGUUCCGGAUGUUGGAGAACAUAAUGCGGCGAUCCUGGCGGAGUUGGGGAUUGAUGAUGCGGGGAAGGAUUCAUAAUUGACAAGGCUAGCAAGAAAUGCCGCUCGGCGUGUAGAAUUUACGCCGACGGACAAGUGCCAAGACCCAUAUAGCCGACUUGGCUCAUGUACUUCGCUCCUCC